AUGAAUUCAAGAGAAUUUUUUAAUAAAUAUCCAUCAUUAUUUCAUUUAUUUUAUCAACAAUUACAACAAAUAACAAGUACUCGUUCAUUAAUUGAAUCAUUAUCAUCAUCAUGUUUAUUUGCUAUACUUUUAAUUCUUCAUCAUCUUUAUCCAAGUCCACUUGAUGGAAUUGAUUGUUCAUUAACAUUAGAUAAACUUUUACCAUUUGUUAUCAAAUGUGAAGAAUCUCCAUUAUUACAUAUACGAGAACAUUCAUCAAAAGCUUUAUUAGUUUUAAUACAUCAUGAUCAAUAUUCAACUAUAAUUCAUCAACAAAUAAAUCAAUUAAUGAAACAAUCAAAAAAUAAUAUUAGACAAAAUACACUUCAUGGUCGUUUAUUACAAAUAAAUGCUAUAUUUCAAUCAAUAAAAAAGAAUCAUCUUCAAUUUACGUUUGAUUUAUCAUUUCAUUUAGAAGAAAUACUUUCAUCACUUCAAUGGUGUAUUUAUCAAAAUAAAUGUUCUCUAACACAAUAUUGUUAUUUGGAAUUGUUAUACAAUAUUCAUCGUCACAUAAGUUCAAAUGAAUUAAUAAUUAAGAUAAAUGAAUACAUAAAUUAUAUUCUAAAAAAUGCUGAUAAAUCAACAAUUGGUAUUGAAGAUUUAACUCGUAUAUUAACACGUUUAAUAAUUCGUCUUGAAAAUGUUGAAAUUCAAUCGAAACUUUUUCUAUUUGUUGAACAAAAUUAUGUUUUAUUGAAACAGUUUUAUUAG